ACCAUGGCGGAGGCAGAUCGAUACAACCUACCUAAAUUGUCCUACGACGACGUCCUAAGGAUCGUAAAUCAGCACUCACGUGUCGAAACAUCUAAACUACGCAAAGGAUAUAAGUUCUUCUGGGAGAAGUACAUUUUUAAUUACAGAAGUAAGUGUUUCAAAUCUGUUGACACUGUGUAGCUUGAAUGUGACAGAUAGCACUAAUGCUGCUAUCCAUUUUGAUGGUACGCUGGUACGAACGACCAGCUUCAGCGAGAACGUGACGUAUUUCCCUUGCUCCAGCCUUCCAGAUGCCAAUUGUGUCUGACGAGUUUGAAAAGAAUGGACGCCAAAAGGAGAGCAGUUUUGUCAAUCACACUGGACACUUUCCUAGAACAGGAAAUCAUGGCUGUGAUUUUCCUGAAACAGUUCCAGAAUCUCGUGGAAGAAGAUAGAAGUAAACACAAACGGGCUGUGGUUGAGGCUCUGUAUGUGCUGCGGCCCAGAGUGAACAUUAUCCUGAAGUCUGGCACAGAGUGGCAGAUAAUGCUAGACAUGGAUGAUCACAAAUUUGCCCGGCAUUUCAGAGUAUCCAAAACCCGGUUUGACGUCCUUAAAGAGUACCUACAGGAGGGUGGCCUGCAAUGUGACCACAGCCAUGGGCUGCCCCCCCUGCCUAUUCCCAAGAAGGUACUCAUGUUCCUGUGGUACAUGGGUAACCAGAACUGCUUCCGGGAGAUAUCAGACAAGUUUAACGUCUCAUCUUCAUCAGCACACCGCACCAUACUCCAAGUGCUAACCAUCAUGUCCACCCUUGGCUGGGGUUUUGUCUCUUGGCCUAAAGGCUGUGAGAAGAGGGUGUCUGCCACCAGCUUCCAACGCACAUGUGGCCAUGAGAGGGUCAUUGGAGCGAUUGAUGGCUGCCACAUUAGAUUACAGUGUCCACGGGUCAGAGGAGUGGACUACAUGAACAGGAAGUCCUUCUACUCUGUCCUCCUCCAGGGGAUUGUGGAUGCUGAAGGCCGAUUCAUCAAUGUCUUCACUGGAAUGCCUGGCAAAGUGCAUGAUGCCCGGCUGCUGCGGUCCUCCUGGUUUUUCCAAGAAUGGCAGGAGAGGAUGGGGGAGUACCGUCUGCUGGGGGAUAGUGCAUACAUCGGUCAGGAUUUUCCCUUCAUCAUCUCCCCCCGGCGUGAAAACGGGGCUCUUACUGAUGCAGACCUUCGUCGCAACACCGACAUCAGCCGGGGAAGAGUCAUCAUUGAGCAGGCAUUUGGGAGGAUGAAAUGCAAGUGGAGGCGCAUUAGAGACUUGCAGAACACAUGCACUGUCACUAUUGCGAAGAUCAUCUUGGCUGCAUGUUAUCUUCACAACUUUGCCCAAGGUGCCUCGAUAGGAUGUGAUGAACACCCAGAUGGAUGUCCAAGAGAGGAUGAUGCCAACCAGUAGGAAGAGGUGUUCCGGCAAUUCUUGGCAAAACAAAAGACUAUUUCUGACUUCUAUUAUGUUCAUUAUUCAUUACGUUCAUUCAUCUAUUAUGUUCACUAUUCCUGUGUUUUGGAAUAAAAGUGUUGAACCAUAAAAGUUACGCUUCUUCAUUUGUAAACCAAUUGAUAUAAUGGGGGAAAUGGAAAGGCUUGGGUAGAAUAGUAAUCACAUUGUAGAACCAGAUAAAAACAUUUAAGUCAAUGUGUGAAAAUGUCUCGGGUGAAAUUCAAACACACACAGGCAUGGUCGAGUUUAAAAUUAUAUUUUGUUUUACUAUAGGGUAUAAAAAGGCAAGUUGGACAAAACAAAGUUAUUACAAUAAUACAACUCUUGUAAUAAUACAAAUCUUGGUAAUAAAGUGCAAAUUGUUUGUAUAAAAUAAAUGCAAAUAAAUAAUAAAGUGAAAAAUAGUGCAAAACAAAGGUUAAUUUAACUUGAAUGAACUUAUGAACCUGUUGAACCUGUCCAUUUAAGUUCAAUGCUUGAAGCAUUGAACUUAAAUGGACAGGAUUAUCGCCUCACAUCUUGUCCACCAUCCUUGUAAACUGCGUGAGGAGCUCCCGCCGAUCUUCCCUCAUCUCCCGCAGGGUGUCCUUCAUGAAGUCCUCCUGCCGCUUCAGAGCAUCAGCCCUCUCCUCAUCAGACGACUUUAGGUAGGCCACCAGCUCAUCCUGCUUCGUUGGACGCUUCCUUGGCCUCGAUGGAGGCCAAGGGGAGAUGGAGCUCGUGGACCACACUGGUGAGGGAGCUCUU